AUGCAAAACAAUAGUCUAAACUCUGAAAAGCAUGAUCAGAACAUUUAUUCUGCAUUACACCCUCUUCCCCAGGAAAUUCUACCUAGGGCAGCAACUACGAACACGGGCCAGUUUCGCGAUGACUUGAGCAGCCCCCGCAUACGUACGCCGAAAGAGAAUGUAGCAGGCUGCUCACAAGCAGAACAAGCCCUCCGGGCAUGGGUUAAACUCAAGGCUCCAAAACGAGGCGAUUUUGAAAGCACAACCCAAUUCCCAACAGAACUUAUUGAUGCAGGCCAGCAAGCAUCUUCCAGGGGAGUACACGUGAUUGAGGACAUCAGUAUGGGCAAUGACGGCCAACAAAUACUUGUUUUUACGACCGGGGAGCUCGUCGAAGCGAAAAGGGUGACGGCUGGUAGUAGGGUAGUACAAUUCGUUGGCCUGCCUGGUGGCUUGCCCACUAAGCACCUGUGGCUAUACGCAAUUGGCAUUAAUGAGAUUGCAGCUGAGGGUGGCUUACUUUCUAUGGUUAGAGGCACGAGGUCAGCCACAGCAAAAGUCGGCCUUGGCCAGCUAAUAGACUGCGCCUUCGGUUCACUGCGGAAUGUUUGCGGAUCGACAUCUCGACCUGGGCAAAAUGGGGUUCACGAGUCGCGAAACGGGUCGCUCACUUCGCAUGAUCAGUACACUAUCGCCUGGAUCUGCGCGCUGCACAUAGAGAUGGCAGCAGCUCGCGCCAUGCUGGACGAGGUUCACCAAGACCUGCCAAGGCAUAGGAACGACAGCAACACCUACACGCUCGGCAGCAUAGAGUACCACAACAUCGUCAUUGCGUGCUUGCCAACAGCCCAGUACGGAACGAACAACGCGGCGAAUGUGUUGACCCACCUGGUCCGUACCUUCCCGUCGAUCCGCCUGGGUUUGAUGGUGGGAAUUGGAGGUGGAGUGCCGAGCAAGGCCGAUAUACGUUUGGGCGACAUCGUCGUCGGAACGAGGGUGAUGCAGUAUGAUUUAGGGAAGAUUGUUGGAGACGGACAGACCCAACUGACAGCGAUCCCAAAGAUUCCCCAACAGCUGCUCGGCACAGUCGUGUCCACCUUACGAUCAAAACAUGAGCUAGAGCCUAGUCGGGUCCCGUCCAUCCUGCGGGAGAAGUUUGAGGGACACUCCGAGUACGGUCGCCCGAGCUCACCGGAUUGCCUUUUCUGCGCGACGUAUGAUCAUAUAUCUCCAACGCCUGGCUGUGACGGAUGCGACCAUUCAAAGCUGAUCCUUUCGAACCCCGUCACCGAGGCACGCGACAAUCGCAAAGGCAUCGCCUACGUCCUGUCGAGAAUGGAGUGGUACUGGAAUUUGGUGCCCCUGCUUCUCGACGAGAACAAGGCCGAGUAUUCUUCCGCGGGACUGCGAGUCCAACUGGAGAAGCACGUCUUGCAGCUCUACGAGAAACUUCUGUCGUAUCAGAUGAAGAGCGCUUGCCUUUAUCACCGUAACUGGGCCGCGGUUAUUGGAAGGGAUAUGGUCAAAAUCGAUGACUGGGCUGGCCAGCUUAUCGAGAUCCAGGAAGCCGAGGCUGCCAUGCAACUUUGGAAACUCACCGAUGCCGCAAACGCUAUAGAGAUGAAUCUCCAAGACAUCCAUUCGGCCAUCCAGGACCAAAUACGGCAACAGGAGAAGAGACACCAAGACGACAGGGACAAGCAAUGCCUGACAGACCUGCGCGAGACUGACCCUCGCGACGACAAGACGCGCAUCCAAGGUACAAAGGGCGGCCUACUCAGGGAUUCGUACCGCUGGAUCCUCGACCAUGACGACUUCCAGCGAUGGCGUAACGAUCCGCAGAGCCAGCUGCUGUGGAUCAAAGGCGACCCUGGCAAGGGCAAGACGAUGCUGCUAUGCGGUAUCAUCGACGAGCCGCAACAGGAACCCGACAAGCGCCUCUCCUAUUUCUUCUGCCAGGCCACUGAGGCACGACUGAGUAAUGCAACGGCCGUGCUGCGCGGUCUGAUCUACCUUCUAGUCGUCCAACAGCCGUCGCUCGCAUGUUCGGGAGAAGCACGACCAUGCGGCUUGGACGAUGCGAUCCUGAUCGUUGACGCUCUCGACGAGUGCACAACGAAUCGACUGCAACUUCUUGACUUUAUCACAAAGCCCACUCGCAUCAAGUGGAUUGUAUCCAGUCGCAACUGGCUGGACAUCGAGGAGAGACUAGACAAUGCGGAGCAGAGACCGUCGACACGUGCAUUGGAUACAAGGAAACAACUGGCACGUGAUAAGAGAUACAACGAGGAAACAAGGCACGCUGUCGAGAAUCACUUCACUUCCAAUGCCGACGGCACUUUCCUCUGGGUAGCCUUAGUUUGUCAGAAGCUUGCCCUUCCUAAGGCCCGAGCAAGGAACGCUUCGAGUACGGUGAAGGAGUUUCCACCAGGGCUGAAUCCUCUCUAUAUGCGAAUGAUGGAAUAUAUUCAUGACUUGGAAGGAAAAGACUCCGACCGCUGCAAGAAGACCUUGGCUGCUGCCUCCCUCGUCUACCGUCCUGUUGACUUGGAGGAAUUGAGGGUUCUUGCUAAGUCGGUCGAGGACUUAAGCGACAAUGACUUGGAAGAAAUCAUCGCGCUCUGCGGAUCUUUCCUGACUCUUCGACAAGGUGUCGUAUAUUUCGUGCAUCAAUCGGCUAAGGAUUUCCUGCUCGAGAAUGCAACCGAGCAAAUCCUACCUUUUGGCAUUGCGAACCAGCACCAUGCCCUCUUCUCGAGGUCGCUAGGAGCUCUGUCAGAAACUCUUCGACGCGAUAUUUACAACCUAAGCGCCCCAGGGUUUCCCAUCGAUCAGAUUUCGCCACCCGACCCUAACCCCUUGGCUUCGGUUCGAUAUUCUUGUAUCUACUGGGUUAACCAUCUCGAUAACUCUGAACCCGAGGGGAAGAUGAGCGGCAACGGCCUACAAGACGGCGGUAUCAUCCAUGACUUCUUUAAAAGCAAGUAUCUGCAUUGGCUAGAGUCUCUCAGUCUCUUACGCAGUACGUCAGAGGGAGUUUUGGCAGUGCAGAAGCUGAAGGCUUUAGUAAGACACACGAAAGCACAGGAAUUGACCGAAUUACUCCGAGAUGCGCGCCGCUUUAUUCUUUCUCACAAGCGGGCCAUUGAGAUUGCUCCAUUACAGAUCUAUACAUUAGCACUCAUGUUUAGUCCCACCUGCAGCCUAAUCAGAGAGCUCUUCAGAAAAGAAGAGCCAAACUGGAUUACGCUAAAGCCGAGCGUGGAAUUAGACUGGAAUGCAUGUCUGCAGACGCUUGAGGGCCAUGAUAAUAGUGUGAUGUCGAUGGCCUUCUCGGCGGAUGGCCAGCGGCUCGCCUCGGGCUCGUGGGAUAACACGGUCAAGGUGUGGGAUGCGGCAACGGGCGCGUGCGUGCAGACACUCGAGGGCCAUGACCAUUGGGUGAUGUCGGUAGCCUUCUCGGCGGAUGGCCAGCGGCUCGCCUCGGGCUCGCAUGAUAACACGGUCAAGGUGUGGGAUGCGGCAACGGGCGCGUACGUGCAGACGCUCGAGGGCCAUGGCGAUGUGGUGAGGUCGGUGGCCUUCUCGGCGGAUGGCCAGUGGCUUGCCUCGGGCUCAGGGGAUAAGACGGUCAAGGUGUGGGAUGCGGCGACGGGCGCGUGCGUGCAGACGCUCGAGAUUGACCGGGUGAUUACCCACCUUUCAUUCGAUCCGAUGACAAACUCUCUCCUCUCUACCGACAUUGGACUUCUGAACCUGGAUCUCCCGGCUCUACGGCCUGCCAUCGACGAUCAGUCGAUUGACGCAACCUUACGGAGUGAUCGCCACUCUGGCUGGGGUAUAAGCACCGACGGUCUAUGGAUUGUAAAAGAUGGAAAGGGGAUGCUUUGGCUACCUCCGGAGUAUCGCGGGUCAGAAUCGGCUGUAGUGGGAUCAACGGUCGCUAUCGGCUGUCGUUCAGGCCGUAUACUGGUGAUGAAGUUCUCUUAGAGUGGAGGCAGGCAUAAUUACGUCUUUGGUUACAAGCAGCGCUUUUCCGGUUCUCAGCAGCAAUCUACAUAGUUGGUUAUAUUUGAUUCUACGUCGCGAAGCCGGUAUAGCUUGGAAGCAGAGCCCGGCUAGCAACUAUUUCCUACCUUGGACAGCCAGCC